UUCUUAUUGUCCACGUUUUACAGAGACAGAAGUUGAGUCAGAGAGGUGGCCCAACCUGCCCAUGGUCAUAUGAUGGAUGAGAUCAAAGGGAAAGACCGUGUGAUUCUGGCCUUGGAGAAGGAACUUGGCGUGCAGGCUGGGCAGACCCAGAAGCUGCUUCUGCAGAAAGAGGCUUUGGAUGAGCAGCUGGUUCAGGUCAAGGAGGCCGAGCGGCACCACAGUAGCCCAAAGAGAGAGCUCCCGCCAGGGAUUGGGGACAUGGUGGAGCUCAUGGGCGUCCAGGAUCAACAUAUGGACGAGCGAGAUGUGAGGCGAUUUCAACUAAAAAUUGCUGAACUGAAUUCAGUGAUACGGAAGCUGGAAGACAGAAACACGCUGUUGGCAGAUGAGAGGAAUGAACUGCUGAAACGCUCACGAGAGACCGAGGUUCAGCUGAAGCCCCUGGUGGAGAAAAACAAACGGAUGAACAAGAAGAAUGAGGAUUUGUUGCAGAGUAUCCAGAGGAUGGAGGAGAAAAUCAAGAACCUCACGCGGGAAAACGUAGAAAUGAAAGAAAAGCUGUCAGCGCAGGCCUCUCUGAAGCGGCACACCUCCCUGAAUGACCUCAGCCUGACAAGGGAUGAGCAGGAGAUCGAGUUCCUGAGGCUGCAGGUGCUGGAGCAGCAGCACGUCAUUGACGACCUCUCACUGGAGAGAGAACGGCUGUUGCGCUCCAAAAGGCAUCGAGGGAAAAGUCUGAAACCGCCCAAGAAGCAUGUUGUGGAGACAUUUUUUGGAUUUGAUGAGGAGUCUGUGGACUCAGAAACAUUGUCCGAAACAUCCUACAACACAGACAGGACGGACAGGACUCCAGCCACGCCUGAAGAAGACUUGGACGAUACCACAGCCCGAGAGGAGGCUGACCUGCGCUUCUGCCAGCUGACCCGGGAGUACCAGGCCCUGCAACGUGCCUAUGCCCUGCUCCAGGAGCAGGUCGGGGGCACGCUGGAUGCUGAGAGGGAGGCCCGGACUCGGGAGCAGCUACAAGCUGAUCUGCUGAGAUGUCAGGCCAAAAUUGAAGAUUUGGAGAAGUUACUGGUUGAGAAGGGACAGGAUUCCAAGUGGGUUGAAGAGAAGCAGCUGCUCAUCAGAACAAACCAAGACUUGCUGGAAAAGAUUUACAGACUGGAAAUGGAAGAGAACCAGCUGAAGAACGAAAUGCAAGAUGCCAAGGAUCAGAACGAGCUGUUAGAAUUCAGAGUGCUAGAACUCGAAGUAAGAGACUCUAUCUGUUGUAAGCUCUCAAACGGAGCAGACAUUCUCUUUGAACCCAAACUGAAAUUCAUGUAAAGCUCCCAGAUGUUUUCAAGCAUGUGGAAAGGGGACAUGUUCUAGUUUCUUUCUCUCUCUCUUUCUUUCUUUCUUUCUUUCUUUCUUUCUUUCUUUCUUUCUUUCUUUCUUUCUUUCUUUCUUUCUUUCUUCUUUUCUUUCUUUCUUUCUUUCUUUCUUUCUUUCUUUCUUUCUUUCUUUCUUUCUUUCUUUCUUUCUUUUUUUUAAUCUGUAUGUUCAGAAUAAUUUCACUGCCUUAAUGUGUUCUGGAGAGAGUGCUCACCCAAGUCUAUGGACAUGUACCAGAGCUAAUAUAUUUAUUGCCUAUGGCUUGUUUUGCACUUAAUAAAAUAAUUUGUUUUUGCAAUA